AUGCCCUACCAGCUGUCUUCCUUUUACAAUAUACCCAUUUGGCCUGGCAAACACAGUCCUAUAAAUCGUAAACGUUCUUUGCCAUCACACCCCUGGCCAGAACCCAAGCACUGGAAGGCCUUGGCGCAUUAUAAUGCAACAUUUAGCGGAGGCAUGCAUCCAAGCGAUUUUAGUGCCGGCGAACUGUAUCAAAGCUUGGAGGAUUUAUUGCUCAGUUAUGGCUUUGACGAAACCUGCCUGUUGAGAAGUGUAUGUGAAUUGGCCAGGCAUCCCUUUGAUGAGGCGGAGCAUCACAAUAUCCUAACCCACAUAAUAACCUUUAUUCUAACGCCCUCGCAACACGAAGGAUUUGCCCCUUCUGAAACAUUGUAUCAGGAAACAUAUGAAGAGGCCGAAAGAAGUGGUUUUCUAGGUGAAGACUGUGCUUAUCUAUACCCAAAAUGCAGUGUGGAUUUACUGAGUCUAUUAACCAAAACUGAAAUUUUAUACUGA